AUGACAUUCAGAGAUCUGGUCGUUGGAAAUCUGAUUCUUACAAAUCCUACAUUCGCAUACCAAAGUUUUAAUUUAAUUUUGGAUAUACAGACAAUAUGGUUGGUGGGUUCAUCAAUAAUCAAGCACGCCUUUUUGGAAGCUGUAUUAAGACCAGGUGGUACAAAUUUGACAUUAGAAAGAAAACACAUCUCACUGUGGUGGCAGGGUUAUAGUGGCCUCCAGUUAAGUAAAACUAAACAAAAGAUUAGAACUCUUGGAAAGGUGGGCCCUGUACCUAAUUUCAUCCUUAUACAUUGUGGGGGGAAUGACUUGGGCAAUGUAUCGAUCAGAAAAAUAAGGGUGGUUGCAAAGCAGUUGGUUUUAUUUCUAAGGAAUCACUUUCGAAACAGUAGGAUUAUAUGGUCAUUUAUACUUCCGCGUCUCCAAUGGCGCUAUUCAGCAAAUUUAAAAGCUAUGGAAAAUGCACGCAAACGGGUUAAUUCUGGUAUAGCUGCAAUUGUCUUGCAUUCUGGGGGCGCAAUAAUUCGCCAUUCAGACAUUAAACCUGAUCCAGCUUUAUUUUUACAGGAUGGGGUACACUUAUCCUCGUUGGGGAAUAACAUUUUUCUAAACUCUCUCCAGGGGGGACUUGAGGCUAUCGUUGCGCAUGGUCAAUCCUGCUUUCCCAAUUAGCAAGGGUCCUGGGUACGGCUGUUCGUAUAUGCCGCUCUACCCCCACCAUGGUGGCGGAGUUCCCUGGAUGAGUUUCAUUCUGAUCCUCAUCUCAGGGAACUUGUGGCGUAUAAGCGGCAUUUUGGUAAUUAUAUUGUAAGCUUUGACCUCUGCACCUCCCAGGGUCAAUGCUUUCUAUAUAUAUAUAUGGUGAACUUUGAACUUUGAUGUUGUGAACUUUGAACUUUUGAUGUUGUAUGAACUUUGACUUACCACUAUAUGAACUUUGACCUUUGGUAAUGACCUUGAUAUAUGAUUUGCUUUGAUGUUGAAUGUUGUUUGUGCAUUUGAUUGGGGCAUGCUCUUGUCUUGGCUGCCCAUUGCCCAUAUGAUAUUGUUUGUUUUGCAUUUGAAACUAAAUAACAGCCGUGCCCAUAAUAUCGCCACACUUUAAUAAAAUUAAUUUCAAGUUACCAUUUGUUUGAGUUACACUUUUCUGAGAUAAUAUCACAUCCAAUUCUAUUCGAAUUGGAGGCUUUUAUCGAAGAAAGUGUUAAUUUCCCAUAUUACAAAAUCCAUAGAUCCGCCUAUAAUCCCUAUAAUCAAUUAGAGUUAUUCCCCCUGAGUCAACUUCCGUUAAUCCUUUUUCAUUCACAGACUAUAUGAAUGAGGUUGGUGCAAUUUUAAGGGAUAAUUUUUUGCAAAUUUAGAUAUUUAGAAAAAUACCCUCCUCACCCAACCCUUAUUCGAAUAGAUUUUUGCGCUGUGUUUUUCUUUCUAUUGCAGCUGUCCUACAAAAGGAUCACUUAAUAUCAAAUGGUACGGCUGUUACAGGAAAAAGUCUACCUGGAGACCAACUUAGAUGAACUUUUCGCAAACCUUGGCCACUGCUCCUCCCAGGGCCAAUGUUUCCUAAACAGUGACUGAUAUAUAAACGACAAGUAAAGAAGGCACAUAAGCGGCAUGUAAUUCGUAAUAAAUAUAUCGUAAAUAUCACCUCUGGCGUAUAAGCGGCAUUUUGGUAAUUAUAUUGUAAGCUUUGACCUCUGCACCUCCCAGGGUCAAUGCUUUCUAUAUAUAUAUAUGGUGAACUUUGAACUUUGAUGUUGUGAACUUUGAACUUUUGAUGUUGUAUGAACUUUGACUUACCACUAUAUGAACUUUGACCUUUGGUAAUGACCUUGAUAUAUGAUUUGCUUUGAUGUUGAAUGUUGUUUGUGCAUUUGAUUGGGGCAUGCUCUUGUCUUGGCUGCCCAUUGCCCAUAUGAUAUUGUUUGUUUUGCAUUUGAAACUAAAUAACAGCCGUGCCCAUAAUAUCGCCACACUUUAAUAAAAUUAAUUUCAAGUUAC